AUGUCUGACUCAGAUUCUGAUAUGGAAGUAAGUUUAUCAGCAAAUGCACUUGCUGCACUUGCUGAAUUUAGACAAGAGGAGCAACAACGUGCUGAAGAAUUUGAAAAAAUGUACCAAGCCACAGAUGAGGAAUAUCAGAAGAGAAAGAAAGAAGGUAUGAAUUUAUUCCAAGAGGAUUGGCAAUUGUCGCAAUUCUGGUACAGUGAUGCAACUGCCGAUUUGCUUGCUGAUGCGUUAUUGGAAGGGGCAGAUGAGAAUACUGUCAUUGCUGUUGUAAGUGCACCAUCAGUUUACGCCGCUAUACAAAAGAAACCAGAAGAAGAUAUACCGACCAAACACAUAUAUCUUUUUGAGUUUGAUAAAAGAUUUGAAGUUAUGGCUGGUAAAGAUCAUUUUGUAUUUUACAAUUAUGAAGUUCCAACAGAGUUUGAAUCUGAAAUAAAGCAUAAAGUUGACAGAUUAUUGAUUGAUCCUCCUUUUUUAAAUGAAAACUGCCAAACUAAAUCGUCUAUUACAGCUAACGUAUUAUUAGCUCCUAAUGAUGGUUCCAAGACGGCAAACGGAAUCGCUAAACAUCGUUUAAUCUCCUGUACUGGUGAAAGAAUGAAGGACAUCAUGAAGAAAGUAUAUCCUGAAACUAAUAUUACCACUUUCCUACCUGAACAUGGUAAUGGAUUGAGUAAUGAGUUUAGAUGUUAUGCCGAUUUUGAAUGGAACGGUUGGAAAUUUGAAAUUUGA